CUCGCUGACCCCAAGUAUAAAAACUACUGCCCAUCUGGACACCUUAUCAAUUGAGCUCCACACUCCUCAUCACAAUGUACUUUAAACUUGCAAUCGUCAGCAUUCUAGUGGUGGUGAGCCAUGCUGGCGUCGUUGAUGACAACCAUGGCCAGGCCGUCUCUUCACAGAGCAUCGUCCAUCACAACCAACCCACCAAUGGCAACGGCGCUGGACAGAUUAUUCACCAAUCAGGACAUCAGCUUCAGCAACAUUCUAUAUUGGAACACAGCAGCCCCAUUCUCCAACAUAUUGCUCCCGCUAUUCAAGCUCCGGUCGCUCUAGCACGUGCCGAUCAUAUUGAAGAGAGUGCUCCUGUGCACUAUGAGUUCUCUUAUUCAGUAGAAGAUCCGCACACGGGUGACCACAAAUCGCAGCACGAGAGCCGCGAGGGAGACGUCGUGAAGGGAGAGUACUCGCUACUGCAGCCCGAUGGCUCCGUCAGAAGAGUCGAGUACAGUGCUGAUGAUCAUUCUGGAUUCAAUGCUAUCGUCCACAACUCGGCGCCAACAGCACAUGCGGCAUCUGCACCGGUAGUCCAAGCGGCGCCCAUUGCCCACGCACCCGUCCUCCACGCGGCACCUAUUGCCCAUGCGCCAGUUCUCCACGCUGCUCCUCUUGUCCACGCGGCGCCCCUUGUUCACGCUGCUCCCUUAGCCCACGCUCAACUUGUACAUGCCGCUCCAUUAUUUGCCCAUCAGUAA